GAAAUCUUCAGAAAUCGUCGAAGUUGAGUGUGAUUAUGUAAUAGUGCCUGAGGCUCACAAUAAUUCUUCCGGCCACCCCCGACUAACAUUCUCAAUCACGAAUAUAUCCUCGACCUCAAGAUUACCAUUGUAUCACCAACCACACAUCCUCCUCUUCAAAAUGGGCAGCCACGGCGAUUUCCACGCUUCCACAGGUAUCACUCCUCCAAAGGGACCUGUCUCCUACUCGACAUACAAGUCUCCCUAUGGACCUAAAUACAAGAUCCAACCACAUAUCGCCGGAUGGACCCCAAAGGCAGCUUCCAAGGUUGGCCUUACUUUAGCAGGAUUUGGUGCUACAGCUGGAUUCUUCGCUCUUUUCUUCUUCUCCGACAUCCCUAAAGUACGAAACGACAUUAUGGUUAAAAUCCCAAUUAUUGGUGACCGCUGGAGAAGGGAGAUUCCUGCAUCAGACAACCCUUUUUAAAUUUUGUGUCGCUGGUCCAGGGUUGGGAGGAUAGAGUGAAGACAAGAAGUGCAUGGUAGACAAAAUAUCGAAUUGUACAAAAGAUUAUUUGAAUUAGACUUCACAUUCACACCCACCCACAACAUAUUUCCAUGCCAAUUACAUGUAGCAUAUACUGCCCAAAAUUACAUAAGAUGUCGAUUUUUACAUAACUCUAGAAAUUCAUAGCAAGGCUGUUCUCGAA